AUGUCACAGCUGCUCGAACGUUGUUUUUCAGACUUAUGGACGCAGCGCUUCACCUUUGAGCGCAUGGGCUUCGAUCUGCAGUGUAAGGCCCCAAGGCGGGUUCUAUACGGACCCGUGCGCUACAUCAUCAUGGCACUGGCCACCAGUUUCGAGCUGUGCGCUGUCAUUGCCUUCAUGUGUGUGCACCGCAAUCAUAUAGUCCUCUUCUCGGAGGCCCUGAUGCAUGGCAUACAGAUGAUUUCGUCUCUACUAAAGAUGUUCAUUUUCGUACGGAAAGCACGAGUGGUUGUCGAUCUCAUUGCAGAUGUGCAGGACCCGGAAUUGGAGGUGCAAUGGAAACGACGCGGUCAGCAGCUCUCUGCCAUAUACUUUCUUAUGUGUGCCCUGACGAGCAUAUCCUUUCUGCUUAUGCCCGUGGUUCUGACACUCCUGCGAUACCUUGCCAAUGGAGAGUUAGAGCCGUUCAGUGCAUUUCGUGUGGUCCUUCCCUACGAUGUUACGCAACCGCACAUUUAUGUAUUGGACUGCCUCAUUAUGUGUUUCGUGCUGACUUUCUUCUGCUGCUCCACCACCGGUGUGGACACGCUCUAUGGCUGGUUCAUCUUUGGACUUAGUGCGCACUUUCGAGCACUCGGGUUGUGCCUCGAACGGGCCGUAAUUAUCUCUUCGGACUGCCCGGAGCGUUUUGAGCUCGAGAUGUCGCGCGUGUUUCGACAACACUGUGGAGUGUUGUCGUUGGUGCAGCGAUUCGAUGAGGCCUUUCGGGAGAUUGUGUUGGUUGAGGUGCUGUUGAUUUGUUUGCUAUACUGCUCGGUUAUAUGUCAGUACAUUAUGCCACAAACGAAUCAGAAUUACGCCUUUCUCGCCUUCUUCUCCAUGGUGGUUACCACGCAGCUGUGCAUUUAUGGCUUUGGUGCCGAACAGCUACGUCAAGAGGCCCGAUUGUUCUCAUUACAGCUUUACGAAAAGCUGCCUUGGCAGAGUCUGUUGCCCGGCAUGAGGCGCCUCCUACUGUUUCCCAUGCUGCGAUCUCAGAAGGAAAUCAGCUUGAGUGGCUAUUUCUUUUCGCUCGGCAGGCCAUUGAUGGUCUGGAUCUUUCGUACAGCGGGCUCGUUCACUACAUUAUUAAGUGCGCUCAGGGAUAAGUAUGAGUGA